AUGGAUGGAUUCAAAAAGUCACGCAGCUCGGCGUUUAAAGACAAGACAUCUUCCGCCAUCGCAGUCUCUCGGGCAAUGCCAUCAUCGUCACAACAGCCGCAACAGCCUUUUGGAAUCAAGACUCUGCAUGAGGAUGAAAACAGCACAAUAGACAUCGUCUUUGUGCAUGGCCCAAGGGGUCAUCUCGAGAACACCUGGAAGGCAGAGUGCACUUUAUAUCCGUGGCCUCAAACCUUACUGCCUGGUAAAAUCCCGAACGCACGGAUACUCACCUUUGGGUAUGACGCUACCGUAACAGAUAUCGGGAGCAUGCUUUCGAUAAAAACCCUCGUAACCCAUUCGCGAGAUUUGCUUUCUGCGAUCGCGACCCAUAGGAGAAAGGAUGCUAUUGACCGUCCCAUAAUAUUUGUCUGCCAUAGCUUAGGUGGUCUUGUAUGUCAAGAUGCCCUGUGUUAUGCAAGUCAAAGCCACGAGCCGCAUCUCAAGCAGGUUCUUUAUUGCACUCGUGGGAUUGCAUUUCUCGGCACUCCCCACGGCGGUUCUGCUCUGGCACACUGUGCAAAAGGUUUAGCAGCUUUUUUUGGAAUCGCGCAUGAAAUACACUCGGAUCUCCUAGGUUUCCUUCAGAGGGAUUUUGAACUCCUAGCGCGUGUCCAGGACAGUUUCAUUACCUUGGUGCAGUUGCGAAGCCGCCCAUCCGAGCUAGGUCCAACGAUCAACAUUGCCUGCUUCUUCGAGGAGCUGCCUUUGGAUGGAGUUGGUCAGGUCGUUCCACGGGACGCAAUCAUCCCUGGGUGCAUACCGAUCGGAAUUCGAGACAAUCAUAUGGACAUGACGAAGUUUGAAGAUUCAAAUGACGCUGGAUUCGUAGCUGUCGCUGGGCAGCUGUCUCGAUGGUGCGAAGAAGUCUCUUCGCCCCCCCUUGAACGUGCUCACACUAUACUAGCUGACGGGCAAGGACUCGGAGUUGGUCCAGAAACCCAAUCAGUGAGAGGCAUUGGAGGCAUAGCAAACGCCGCUGGAACCAGUACAACAUCGUCGCGGGAAGCGUGCAAUAUGAUACCUUUUGAUAGAGACCCAAAGUUUGUCGGUCGAGAAGACGUCAUACAGGAAAUUGGCCGACAAUUCGAGUCUCAGAGAGAAGUUGCUCUAUGUGGCUUUGGUGGAGCAGGGAAAUCCCAAAUUGCUAUCGACAACGGCAUGUGCGGCCGGUGGCUCUUGGUAUUGGACAACCUGGAUGACAUGAAAAUGUUGGGAAGGAUGGUAGGACUUCCGUGGGAGAUGGACAUCGAAGAAGCUACGAAACCGCCGCCGAAGGCUUACCUGCCACGCAGUCCGAAGGGUUUAACGUUAAUCACCACAAGGAGUGACUCGGUCGGCAACUCGUUGACAGGAAUGAGAAUAACCAAGAUUGGGCCAAUGGACGAGUCCGACGCUCUGUCGUUACUUCGAUCAUGUUUGGCCCCUGAUGCUAUGUCGGAUUUAAAUGACUGCCUUGAGCUGGUCAAGGCUUUGGACUACGUGCCUCUUGCAAUUAAGCAGGCUGCCGCAUUCUUACGGCAUACCGGGGUGUCACUUGGCCUAUAUCUCAAUAGGUUUCGCAACAUUCAUGGGGAAAUGAGCAGUCUCACGGAGGAGGAGGAGAAAGACAGUAGAGGGGACUUUGAAAGCCGUUGUUCAAUCUUCCGAACAUUGAAAAUUUCUUUCGACUGGACUAGCCAAACCAGGCCUCGCGCCGCCGAGAUAUUCCGCCUUAUGGCGGCUUUGGACAGGCAGGGAAUACCGAAACGACUGCUGAAGCGCAAUACGGAGCGCGAAGCUGAUUUUAAUAAAUGGCUUGGGGGACUAAAGGACUUUUCGUUGAUCUCCGCAACAAAAGGUGAAGAUGACCUUGUCAUGCACCGACUGGUGCAGCUCGCUGUACGCUCGUGGACCAGGAGCGAUCAAGAGUUGAGCAGAUACCAGGACGAGGCGCUAGAGAUCAUGGCGCGUGAAUUCCCUCAUGAGACAUGCGACAACGAGGCUUUGUGUCAGGCAUUGAUUCCACACGCGUGGGUGGUGGUCCAGUAUAAAACCUCUGAGAUGACCAGACCUCGCACACGCCUUCUCCAAAAUGUGGGCAUAUACAUGAUGAGGAUAUCGCUGUAUAAUGUUGCGUUUGACGCACUCUCAGAGGCUCUACGACUGCAGUCGAAUUUCGUGGACCUCGAUAAGAAUACUGAGGCGCUGGUAUGCCGUUUCUAUAUCGCAGAAACAUUAUUCGAGCUAGGUAAGCAUACAGAAGCCGAAGAACUACACCGAAAGGUCUUGGAGUGCCGUAGAGCGCUGCUAGGACAAGAUCACGAGGACACCAUAAAAAGUAUGACUCACAUUGGACUACAAUUGCUGCGCCGAGGAAAAUUUGAGGAAGCAAGGGAUAUAUGUGAGCAAGCAGUCGAAAAACAGAUUAAGACUCUAGGUUGCUAUCAUGGAGAUACUGAGAGAACUCUCGUGCUACUUGGGGAAGCCAUGACAGAGCACGGAAAAUAUGACGGGCGUAUAUUUAAUAUUUAUGGACGAAAAUUCGGGUACAAUAGGCCUGCGAAAGGAGAACCACGCGUUAUGAUAGAAUACCUUAGAUAUCACCUUUGGUAG